UCCCCCCGCCGGGGCCGUUACCCGGACCGGGGGCCGAGGCUUCGGCGUCGCCUGGACGCCUCCCGGCGGCGUCCCGGCCGCCGAGAUGUCCGUCAACCCGAUGACCUACGAGGCGCAGUUCUUCGGCUUCACGCCCCAGACGUGCCUGCUGCGCAUCUACGUCGCCUUCCAGGAUUACCUGUUCGAGGUGAUGCUGACCGUGGAGAGGGUCAUCCUGAAGCGGCUGGAGGCCGCGCCCGGCAGCGGGGUCAGCCCGGUCCAGAUCCGCAAGGGCACGGAGAAGUUCCUGCGCUUCCUCAAGGAGCGCUUCGACGGCCUGUUCGGCACCAUGGAGACGGUGCUGCUGCAGCUCGUGCUCCGCGUCCCCGACCACGUCCUGCUCCCCGAAGACCGGAGCCACGCACGCCACCCGCGCGGCCCGGAGGAGCUGGCGCGGCUCCGGGAGGAGGCCGACCGGCUGCGGGGCCGGUACGAGGCCGAGGUGCGCGCCGGCCGGGCCCUCCUGGCCGAGCUGGAGGAGCAGCGGGCGGCCCGGGCCGAGCUGGAGAAGACGCUGCGCUGGUUCGACGGGCUGGAGAACGCCUGGCGGGAGCACGGCAGCGGGGACCCCCGGGAGAGCCUGGCCUUCCUCAUCCGCAGCUCCGACAGGCUCCGGGCCGUCGUCGGGGAUGUGGAGAGGAAGGGCCGGAGGCUCCACCUGUCCUAACGUGCCAGCCCCCGGCCCUUCCCUCCCUCCCUCCCCCGGCUGGGCCUUCGCCUCACCCGGCCCUCGGGGGCCGGUGGGCGAGAGGGCGUGGGUUUCUCCCGCGAGGAAGUCCUUUCCCGUUCGAAUUCUGACCUGCUGGCCGUGCUCAAGUCCGGAGUGAUGGGGGCUGCCCGCCCCCUCGGGUCACGGGCUGGGGCGGACGGCUGGCCGAAUCCCGGGGCGGGGGAGGGCAGGCGGGCGGGAGACGCGGGAAAAGGCUCGGAGCACGGUGCAGGAAAGCUCCCGGCGGGGCCGCCGACGGAGAGGGCUCUCGGGUCCACGCCGGGGGGUCGGAGGGGAAGAUGGACCGAGGGUCUCCCACGGAGAUCCAGUUUUCUUUUCCCACGGAGACGAAUCAGGAGAAGGCAAAACCUCCCGGGCCCACCCGCCAAAUCACGCCGCACCUACCGGCUCCGGAUCCUUCGGCCUCGGCCUCCUCCCGGGGCUUUGCCGGGAACCCGAGCGGUAGGUGUUUGAUUGAGUUUUGCAAAGAUUUUUCCUCUACCCCCCCCCCGGUUAUUCUUUGUAGGCUGGCUCACGGAAGAAGCUAAAGUGUGGGAAGAUAGGUUCAUUUUUGAGUUGUGAACUGCAGCCUUAUUAUUAAUAAUAAUAACGGUAAUCGUGUUUA